AUGAACCUGCCGCUGCUUCUGCUCUGUGUUCUCCUGGAGCUCCUCGUGGUGAGCUGUCAGGAUGUGAUACGGGGCCGUAUAGUGGGUGGAUACGUCCCGGCGCCAUACUCCAUCAGAUACAUCGUGUCCAUUCAGAGCGCCACGGGCCAGCACUUCUGUGGCGGGACCUUGAUUAACAAAUACUGGAUCCUGACCGCAGCACACUGCAAUAUAGGAGCGGCAAACAUGAGGAUCGUGGCUGGAGAUUUUUCUGUGGGAUUAUAUGAGGGGACGGAGCAGUUCCGCAGGCCUCAUGUUUUAAUACCUCACCCACAGUACAACAAAGCCACCAAUAACGCAGACAUCAUGCUCAUUAAGCUGCAGUCUCCCAUCAAUGUGAACAGCUUUGUGUCUCUGGCACCGCUGCCUCGGCAGGACGCUAUGGUGGCCGUGGGUCGCGUGUGCACCGUGUCCGGCUGGGGCUUCACCACUCCAACGGGAGGAAUCCCUGCAACCCUGCGCAUGGUCAAGCUGCCCAUCGUGUCCAGCACAGUGUGUAACGCCACGGACUCUUUUAAUGGAAACAUCACAGAGAAUAUGAUCUGUGCAGGAUACAGCGAAGGAGGAAAAGACGCAUGUAAGGGUGAUUCUGGAGGGCCGCUGGUGUGUGAGGGCCGUGUCUAUGGCAUCGUCUCCUGGGGCAAUGGCUGUGCUGAUGCCCAGUACCCCGGCAUCUACACCUCCGUCUCGAGGUUUCGUCAAUGGAUCGAUGGAACUAUAUUUGGCUUUUAUGGAAGGUGCCUCAAGUAUUAGACUGCAGUGUUACCCCAGCACUCCCCUAAUCGAACUUGAAACGGCCUCGAAAACUGCCAACAUGAAUACUGUUGCUACUUUCUUCUAUUUGAAAAGUUAGGACUUUUGAUGAUUUCCAGACGAGUACAACGCUGUUCUGAAAGAGCACAUCUGUUCCUCAACAGCUGGUAGACCUUUUUUUAAACACAGUAGUGUGUGCAAACUGUUCCUUAAAUGUGCCAUAUUGCUGCUUCCCUGCAAUAUCAGUGAAAACUAACAAUAGAAAGCUGAAGGAAUAUUUAAAAAACAACACAACAAACGCUUUUAUAUGGAAUGGUUUAUAUACACUUACAGGUGAAAUGGAUAGUUGUCACCGUCAUGUUUUGUCAACCUGUAUAAAGCUGCCUUCAUGUCAUUCAUCUGUGGAGCACAAAAUGAAUAAUUUUGCAAAAUGCACAAGUCAAGGUUGUGGACAAGAAUAUAGACAAAAAUAAAUAGAUACAUUUUAAAUAUAUAUACAGUAAGAUAUUUAAAAGAAUUAAAUGAACACUUUUAUUCAGCAAGGAUGCAUUCAGUUGGUCAAAAGUGACAGUAAACACAUUUAUAAUGUUACAAACGAUUUCUAAUAAAUGCUCUUCUUUUUAUUCAUCAAAGAAUCCUGAAAAAAGUAUGAUGGUUUCCAAAAAAAAUAUUAAGCAGCACAACGGUUUUCAUCAGUAACUAUGCUGAAAAUUCGGCUUUGCAUCACAGGAAUAAAUUACACUUCAAAAUAUAUUCGAACAGAGACUUUAAAUUGUAAUAAUAUUUCACGAUAUUGCUGUUUUUACUGUAUUUUGAGCAAAAUAAAUGCAACCAUAGUGAGCA